AUGAGGGCAUCUCUAUCUCUUCUUGUUCCCUUCGUUCUCCCUCUGGCCGCAGCUCAAUGGGGAGGUGGCGGUGGAGGUGGCAGCCAACCCACGACGACAACUGCCGCAACCACGGCUAUGAGCAGUUCUUCUUCAAGCUCCACCCACUCUGUUGAUGUUGGUAAAGACGGCUUGACGUUUGACCCGGAUACCCUCAUGGUGUCCCCCGGAGACCAAGUCGAGUUCCACUUCUAUCCGGGCGAUCACUCGGUGGCUCAAGCCGCAUUCAGCAACCCAUGCCAACCCAUGAGCUCUAGCAGUUUCUACAGCGGAUUCUUCCCUGGUAGUACCGAGUCGUCUAACGUCUUCGUUCUGGCCGUUAACGACACAAACCCCAUCUGGUUCUACUGCGGGCAAGUCGGGCACUGCCAGGCCGGAAUGGUUGGGGUGAUCAACCCACCUUCUAGUGGCGCCGAUACCCUCGACGAGUUCAGGAAGGCGGCGUCGGGUACAAAGAGUUCCAACGUGCCAGCCGUGGUCCAGGGUGGUGUUAUUCGUGCCGGGAGCGAUGACGAUGGUGACAAACCCUCUUCCACUAAGACCGCUGCCAGCACGACCCCUACAAAUGGAGCACAGGGUGUGCGAGGAUGGGCUGAUUUCAGUGUCCUGUUCGUUUUGACUUCUGUCGCGGCCUUGUGCCUGACGAAGGGCGAAGCCCCGCACGUUACCGUCAUUUGCCUUAACAGAUCGCAGAGGAACAAACAUCUUUUCAUUCUCACCUUUAUUCUUGAAACGAAAACCUCUCUGUAUCAUAUUGUGAUAUAUUGCACAGCCAUGAUGUGCCUUGUCUAUCCAUUGAACCGCAUCAUAGAUAUCUUCGUCCCGUCCUUUAUGGUGCUAACUGGAAUCGUUUUCGCGGCUUACAACUUCCUAGAGGUUCUGGCCAUCGAACGCAGACCUCGUCUAGCAUUUAAUUUCAAACACUGGCACAGCCAACAGUUCACACUGUUGUGGAAAACAUUUGGCCCUUUGGCGUCCAAGGCUCUCAGGCCCACUAUAUCUCCUCUGGCCGCGGUUGCUAACGGUAUUGUUUUGGACAUCGGGCCCGGUGAUGGUCAGAAUCUGACCCACUAUAAAAGUGAGAAUAUCAUCAAGUUGUAUCUUGUUGAGCCGUGCGUUGGAUUACACAAGAGGCUACGGGAGAAUGUAAAGAAAGCCGGCCUCGAAGAUGUUACUAUGAUAAUCUCCUGUGGUGUUCAAAAUGUCGAUGUCCUUUAUGACCAUGGCAUUACCCCCGCCUCUGUUAAUACGAUCACCACCUUCAGUGUGCUCUGCUCUGUGCCCGCUCCAGAGGAGACGUGUCGCUUUCUGUACUCACUGCUUAAACCCGGUGGACAAUGGGUGCUCGUCGAGCAUGUUCUCGCCGAUCUGAAGUUUCCUAUCACUCGUUGGAUCCAGGGUAUGUUCGAGGUUGUUUGGCCGACACUAAUGGGAGGAUGUCAUAUUAAUCGCGACUCGGGGAGCUACGUGAGAGAGGCUGGGCCAUGGACGACGGUUGAACUGGGAAGGGGACAAAACGAGUUUGGUUGGGAGAUGUUAGGGCACGUUGUAGAAGAGUAG